CACACACCAUCGUCAUUCCGCAGUUACCAUGGCAACUGUUUGUAAACUCGAACUGCCAUGAGUGCGCGAACAUUUCGCGAAGCACCUUCAAAAGAGCGCUUUCUGCGAUUCCUGCAGCGUUUGUGAAAUAUUCUACACAUCUAUUUUCACGUCACUCGAUCCAUACUGCUCGAGCUCCGUCCGAAUUUCAGGAUGAUGGAUUCUAGACCAACAACGUCGUCCUCCAACAGACCUCAGUCUCCAAACAUGCGGUCAUUCACGGCAGCCACGCAACGCAGCGGGCUUCUCGGUGCAGUUAGUCGCCUGAGCGGGCGACCCAGUACGCGUACAGGUCCUCCUACGGCGAUGCUUUCGCAGAUGAACAUUCCGGAGCGGCCUAUGACCCAGCAUGGCCUUGUGGCGCCGAAGACUGCUUUAAAAUCUUCACAGCGGCAGGUUCAAGACAAAAGUUACUUUGUCGGCUUGCUGAGAGCAAAAAUGACAGAAUUGAUUGCGGAGACUAAUCGUUUGCAACGCGAAAAUGAAUCACUUGCGCAAGAGCAAGCUACUUAUUCGUCGUACGAAAAGAAAGCUGAAGCUUUGAGUGCCGAGCUUAAAGAGCUGCAAGGCGAAAUGGCCGACUACAACUUGCUGGUCGACAAGUUGAACACGGAUGCAGACAUGGAAGAUGUUAAGGAAGAGUACAGAGAACUUAAGAGCCAGAAUGACCAGGAAGUGAACAGUGUAGAACUUCUUUUUGAGCAACGGCAAGACCGUGAGCGCCAACUUCGACAGCUUGAAGUGGAAAUUGAGCAGGAAAGGAACAUGGCAGACAACAUAAUAGCAGCAAUGCAACCAGAGCUACGUCACAGGUACACAGAGCAGAAAGACAUUAAUCAAUCACUUCUAGAUCAACUGGAUAAACUGCAACAGCAACUUCAAGGUCUUCAGUUGCAGAAGACUGCCUUGGAAGAUGAUAUUUCAUUGUCUUCGGUGAAGCAGGAAGCAGUGAAGCUGUUUGAGCGAUUGAGGGAGCUAGGAGAGAAAAAAUCGGUUUUGGAGGAAGAACAGAAGAAACGGGGGACUCCAGCCCAGGAAAGGGAGCGAUUGCUUGCUCAGGUCAAAGAAGACAACAGUGAGCUGUCGAGCAUGGAGAGGCAAGCAUCCGAGGCACGUGAGCGCCUGGGAAAACUGCAGGAGGAACUGGCUCAGCUCGACCAGGAGUUAGAGGAGCAUAAUGGAGAACGACGAGCCAAGUAUCAGGAGCUCCGCAAACGUGAGGAAACCAUGGAUGCUUUCCUUGAGAGCUUUGAAGAAGCACGCCAAGAUGAGCACACGCGCCAGGAGAAGCUCCAGGGGGAGAUUGUGCAACUUCUUGAAAGCUGCUCACGCUCCUUACCUCACUUCUUGACUUUACCAAGCCAAGAAGAAAUGGCUGUACUCAAGGACGACUUGAUAGUCAAAGAAAACGAAAUGGAGAAGUCAAAAAUGACACUAUCUGCUCUAGGGAUGGAGCAGAAAAAGCUGGCAGUGGAUUUGCAGAAGAUAGAACAACUAGAGAGCAAAGUUCAGCAGGAGCUGGACAGCCUCAGGAGCAAGAUUAAACAGAUGGAAGAAGACAUGGUUGUCUUCUGUGACCUGGACAAACUGAGAAGCUCCUCAGAUCUAAAGAAGCAAGAGCUGUUGGCAGAGAAAGAAGCGUUGCAGAUAAAGAAGGGGCCAACCAGAAAGGUGGUUGAAGAACUGCAAGCCCAGUAUGAUGAAGCAAGAGCUGCGCUGAAUGAAGAAGAAGGCUACACACGCUUAGUGAACCUGGAACGUCGCUGGCAGCACCAUGAGCAGAAUAACUUUGCUGCACAAGAGUAUGUAGAAGCCAAGCUGGCUGAGUACAACUACCACCCCAUCAGGCAGGAGGUGCAGGCACUGCUGGAAGCUUACAAUGCUGCCUUGCAGGAAAGCCUUGGAAAGGCAUCCUAUGGCUGAAUAACUGAGCAUUUCAUUAGGUUCAUGAUGUAUCAGCGAAACAGACGCAAAUAGAAAAGGAGGAACAAACACAAGCGCUGUCCAACUCACCCAGCUUUCUUUUCUUGUGUAUAUCAUUAGGCUUGCACAAUAGCAAAGUUUAAGAUUGGAUAUAAAUUGUGAAAUGCUGAAUAGCUGCAGAAAAAAAUAAUAUUAAAAUAAAGUGUUUAAACUAACCCUCAUGUGAAGCACACCUUCAUGUCCUUUUAUACUAGCACCAGGAAUCAGUGGCUCGUUGAUGAACCCUUCUCGGGUUUGGGUCUGAACAAAGGGGAUCAUUUGUUAGUAAAAAAAUAAUAAGAUGGUUUUUUUUUUUUUUUUUUGGUCACAAUUCAUACCAAGUUGGCAAAAAAUGUGCCCAAAGAGGGCAAUACCAAAGCGUAAAAGCAACAAGGUUUGCUUCAUUCGAACUGUAUGUGCUCUAAGUAGAAAACAGUGGCAAAUGUAGAGCAAUUAAGUGACGUCUAGAUGUAGCAACAUACUACUACGGAACAGAGCGGUUGCAGGCACCUGAGUAUUCUAGACUGCAUUUUAGAUAAACUAAAGCUGAACAGUUUAGGCAUCUCAAUUUAGCAAUCCAUAGAUAAAGUGCACUUUUCUUGACUUUUAGAUAAAUUGGUUCAAAAUACUAUUAUAGUCAAAAUACUAUACGUUGGCUCAAAAUCACCUUGCAGUGCAGUGAAAGCUACGAGGUGUUCUAGGAUACUACCACAUACUCUGCAUGCACCACAUAAUAUGGCAUAGAAUGUAGUUCCAUGCUUAGGCGUUGGUUAUACAGUAGAUACAUAGGUUUAGUAUUGUUGAGUACUACAAAAUGGUUGUAGUUUCUAGCGUACUAAAUUACUGCUUGUAAUACAUGCUUUUUGAUGUGAAACAUCUUUUAGUUCAGUCAGAGGAGGUCGCUUGCUAAAACCGCAUGUAACGAAAACAUUUUAUACUAUUAUCGCUUAUAUCUUUGCAACCAUACUAUCCACACACCUUAUCUUGGUAUCUUUGUGUAGAGGAAAGAGGCCAUUACCCGAUCAUGCAUGUGUUGCAUUCACAGAUGGCGCCGUUCUCGCACCACAUGUGAUGCAAUUGAAGCUAAAUUUAGCCUCUCGCUUGGUGUUCAGAGAGGCUUAGUUCGGCAGUACGUUUGUUGAUCCGAGCAGGAGUGGUUGCAUUUGAGAGAGCUCACUCAGCCAUAGUAGGUAUAAUCCAUCAAACUCAAAGCUAUGCUCAUCAGGAGUUAAAAGGCCUACAAGUGUGCAAAUUCUAGCAAAAUUUCAUGCUUUCUUGGCUAUGGAGCUCCUGUGUACGACACGUAAGGUCCAGAAAUGGUGUGCAGAGACUCGGGCAGCAAAACAGAGGGAUGCAAAUUUACGCCCAUCACUUUUGACCACAUCCAGCCAGGAGCGAGCACGAUUGUAAGAUUAGGCUGUAGGACAUAGAAUAAAUGAAACAUGUAAGCUUUCUAAUCCAUGAAUAAAUGUCAUGAACUUUACUUUGGUAUGAUUGUGUAGAGGAAAGAAGCCAUUAAUCAAUCAGGUAUGUUUCACAGGCGCAGAUGGCGGCGUCAUUGUGCCACGCAUGAUGAGGUCGGAGUUAAGUUUAGCCUCGUGAAAAAUGUUCAGAGAGGCAUAGACAUAGCACAUUUAAUUAUUCAGACUUAAAUUGGUGCUCAUCAAGAGUUAUAAGGCCUACAAGCGUGCAAUUUGUUGCAGAAAUUUCACACUUGCUCAGCUAUGGAGCCCCUGCAUUUGACAUGUAGAGUCUAGAAAUGGCGUGGAGAGACCCGGGCAGCAAGACAGAGGGAUACACAACCUCUCUGACCACAGCGGAACAUGUCUGUCUCCAUAAGGAGCACAGGUGCAGGAGAUUGAGGCAAGCGCAGGAGCCCCAACCACCUACGAUUUCAACGGGCUCGAGCGGCGCAGGGUAGGGCACCUCAAUAUCCUCCUCGCAAAGCGGCGGGCGUGGAGGACAUCGAGGCACCCUAGCGCAGGGCAGUUUCAAGCACCACCAGUACGGGGGUCAUUUCUUUACUCUAGUGUACCCUAGUGCCCAUACACCCUUUGCACCACACACAAGCCAUUUCAUGUACCCUACUGCGGCCACGUUUUUGAUACAGCCUACCCAAUUUUUUUUUUAUAGAAAAGUGACAGCAGAGUGGUACCUGUCAUCAAUAUAGUCCCUCACGAACCUUGCUGUUUGCCAGCUAUGUUUGUAAUAUUCGUAGUAACAUUGUUCCAAAUGAGCAGUCAUCAUCAUCACCAGCCUAUAUUUAUGUCCACUGCAGGACGAAGCCCUCUCCCUGCGAUCUCCAAUUACCCCAGUCUUGCGCUAGCUGAUUCAUCAGCUUCAUCACCCUACCUAGUUGUCUGCUGUCUUCGACUGUGCUUCCCUUCUCUUGGUAUCCAUUCUGUAACUCUAAUGGUCCACCGGUUAUCCAUCCUCGCAUUACAUGGCUUGCCCAGCUCCAUUCUUUCCUCUUAAUGUCAAUUAGAAUAUCGGCUAUCCCCAUUUGCUCUCUGAUCCACACCGCUCUCUUCCCGUCUCUUAACGUUAGGCCUAACAUUUUUUGUUCCAUCGCUCUUUGUGCAGUCCUUAACUUGUUCUCAAGCUUCUUUGUUAACCUCCAAGUUCCUGCCCCAUAUGUUAGCACCGGUAGAAUGCAAUGAUUGUACACUUU